AUGCCAGUGCUACGCAGGAUACGCCCAAUGCGAAAGAAGUGGUCCUCGGUCCGAUCAUUAGGCGAUUAUGCCUGUCCCACAGAGGCACAGCCAUCAUCUCCACAGGGCAGACUUUUUUCUACGCAUACUGAUCAUGACUCAAACUCAAUGAACUCAUUAGCAACAGAGUCAGAAACUUGCAUCGUAUCUUCACCUUCAGUUGAGCGACAAGACGGGCCUGAGGACACAAGCUCUACGACCGUGCUGGAAACAGAGGUCAAUACAGUCGCACAUGAAUGCCCUCAGGAAGUUCACUUGCCCAGAUCAUCAUCGCUGGCCCCCAAAAAGUCGUCUGCUGUGGAUACUACAAAUCCAAGGAUCGAAAUAAUUGAAGCGUCAGAGCAACGAAUCCCGAACAUCGUUCUCUUUAAUCAUGACCAAGUCAUCGUCACGCAUACAGAAAUCGAAAGCGGAGAUGAAGACCAUGAAUCAGAUGAAAAUAAUCUCCUUGUGGCGAAAGCAGCUGAGCCUGAGGAGAUCGUAGACGUCAAGACGGAACACAAAGACUCAUCAACCGUAUGCAAUCGAAGUGAGUUACUCGACGUUCCGCAUGAGUCAGAAAUAAGCGCGUCCGCCUCAUCAGAACAGCUUGAUCAGCUGUCUGAAAAAAGCGGCAUCCUCGGUGAGCAGCGAGAAAACAAGGCUCCCGAUCUUGAUGGAGAGUCAGAAUACGUCGAGGAAGUCGCGAUCGAUGAAAGAGAUACUGAUUGUCGAAUUUUCGAUCUUCAGAUCUCCACUACUAGCGAGAGCACAAACCAUAAUCCAAAGCCUGUAUUGGAGAUCUUCCUAUCAAGCCUCAAGCUAGAUCCGUGUCAGCUCAGAUGCUCUGCCAUCAAAGCGAACGGUAAGAUCUGCGGUGCAAAGAUCCGACAAUCCCCAACAAACGACGCCUUCGCCAUACUGAAGACCAUGAUUCUCAGCGAUGAUAUUGACAAACAGACGAUAGCAACAGGCUUAUACAACGCUGCGCGCCUAUUAACCUGCGGAAGGCAUCAGAAGCAAGCCAACACCAUUGCCGCAAAUUGGGCAACAACAAUCUGCCAACCUACAAGCAGCUCCUCAAGCAUCAGCAAUCUCCAGAUCGAUUUCGUACCCGGAGGCGGCAAAUUCUCACUCCGACAUCUAACAACACCCCCCAAAAACAACGAUCCGAUCGCCUCCUCACCCUACGAGACCGCCUAA